AUGGUGAUGCAUGGUUGCGGAGGUGCGCUGAUCGUGGCCGCACCUCAGUACAUUGUGAACUCUGGCAUCGGGAGCGCAGGCGGCGCGGGCAUCGUGGCAAGCAGCUUUGGUCUGGGGUUGGUCACGGCUAACCUGGCAGCCUUUCAGCUGGGGAAGUUUUGGCCUCACUGGUCCAUGUUCCUGCUGAGUGCUGCGUUGGGCCUCGCGGGUGUGGCGAGUGGAGCGCUCCUCACAGUGCAAGGUAAGCCCUUUGCGGGCCUGGUGUCAGCUACGUUCUUUGUGGGCUUCGCGCAAUCCAUGCAUGUCGUGGCGCGCACCUUCUACCAAGCUGAGGUGGUGAAGGAGCAGUUGGCAGGCCACGCGGAAACAGCGGAGGCAACGCCAAUGCUGAAGGAAACUCGAGGGACUCAAGAGGGGCAGGCUUUCAUGUCCGGCUGGGUCAGUGCCUCAAACAUUUUGGGCAUUGCAGGCGCAGCCUUUGCUACUGCUGUUGUUGAUUGCACAAGUGCCACGAACCUGGGCUUACUCUGUACCACCGGAAUUUCGCUCUACACCUUCCUUAUCAUCCUUCUUUUUGCCACUGCCUCUGCCUCCAGCCCAAAGACGGAGUCCACUGCCCUGCAAGAAGCUUGGUUGCGGUUUCUGAUACCCCUGAUUGGCGCAGAGAGCGGGCUUCAUACCAGCCUCGUCGGCCACGUGGCUUUCAUGUCACAGAUGCUGGGAAUCCAGUUUCACUGCAUGCAGGGAGUUGGGUUUUACGUCCAGGGGGCCAGUCUCCUUGGAAUAGGCUGCGGCCUCUGUGCUGGGGCAGCCAUUGCCCUGUCCAUUGUCCAUGCUCCCGAAUGCCCAAGUCGCAAGAGAUCCUUCAUGAACGGCAGCCGCUUUUUCAACUCACUGGCGGAUGUGCUCCUUCCGCUGAUUGUGGGCAGUAGCCUGGCCUCUUUGGGCAUCUGGUUCGUGGGCAGUAGCCUGGCCCUGUUCACACUCUGCUCAGUUGCUGCAGCUCUGUUCUUUUUCCAAUGUGCCAAUUCAACGCCGCAGCCUGAUGUACGGGUGCCCACCAUGGAUUUCGUGAUUCCCCUGAAGUCAGCUGGGCCUUUCAUGCGCACGGUCCUGGAGGCCAUUCACAUGAACUAUGCACCCCGGCAGAUUUACAUCAUUUGCCAGGAGGAAGUCCGCGAUACGAUUUCUGGUAAGAUGGUGGAGUGGAGGCUUCCCAGCGACAAGGUGGCCUUUGUAAACGAGGAGACCUACUUCCAGAGAGUCUCUAAGGGCCUGAGCAGGGAGAACCUCAAGGCAACCUUCAAAGGCGUCGGGUCCGGUGACUUCGGCUACUGGGCCGCUGUUGAGGACUUCAUAUGA